AUGUGCCGAGUCCUUGUCACCGUGGAACCGUGGAACGCCUUAGUCAUGUGGCAUGUGCCGGGCGAAUUAGACGUCGCAUCGUUGCGGCUUAUGCGUGGCUCGAUGCACUGCCUGUUAAUUCUGCCACCACGUUCUCAUCUCUAUCUGAAGCUUCUUUACAAUAUUGCUCUGCUGGUCUAUAUCGGGUUUAUCUUUCGUUGGCGAUAUUUGAUUGAUCAGAAUAUUGUUUUUCUCGAUAAUAAGUCGCGAAUCGUUUACCUGGUUGGCAUUUUGGAAUUACUUGUCGGACACUGUGUGGUCGCCAUGGAACUGCUCUGGAGCAAUCAUAGCAAGAUGAUUGAGCAGCAGUUCCAAGAAAUCCAUGACAUACUGUGUGUCCGAUUGGGACGUAAAGUGAAUCUCGUUAGAAUAGAAGGCUACUGCAAUGUCAUCUAUAGAUUUAAUUUUAUUCGAAUCGCGGCGCUGGCAGCAGUUACAAUAUACAGCUUGAUAGCUACCAACAAUUUCUUUCUUCUCUGUAAUCUCUACUCGGAGACUCUGUUUGCACUGCGCUGUGGAGAGUUUACUUUGCAUACUGUGCUGGUUUUGGCCUUCUUCCAAGAGCUUAACGACGCGGCCAACGAAAUCCUUUUGGGAAUGGAAAGACUUCGUCUGGAUCUAUGUUCCGAUUAUUGUUUGUCUGCGGAAUGCCUUGCUGGUCUGCAGCAAAUACAUCUACUGCUGUGGAAAAACCAACGCGAUAUUGAGCACAACUUUUUACGGAGUCUCAUCGUUAUUAUUAUGAAAAACUUUGUGGACACUGCAGUUAUACUAUAUUGGAUGUUUGUCAAUAUAAUUCAAAAGCGAGUAUAUGGUAGAUUACUCCUAUAUGCUCUAACUGAAGAGCUUGGCAAGCUGUUGCAGAUUGGCAUACCCUGUUGGAUCUGUACACGCUGCGCUAGGCUGCAGCGCCAAUUUCGAUCGCUAUUUCAUGGAGUAACCGUGAAUCGUCAGAAUAAGCACAUGAAUAAUGCUUUACUGAGAAUAUCCGUGCAGCUUGCGCAGGAAACGGCACAGUUAAGUGUUGGAGGUUUUUUGAUAAUUAACAAUGAAAUGCUGGGCAAAUUCUUGUUUGGCAUGCUUAGCUACUUUAUUGUUUGCAUUCAGUUUCAGCUAACUUUUAUAGAUGAAGACAGCGCCACGAGGCUCGUUACUGCAACUGAGCCCAACUAUCCAACAUACGCAUAG